AUGGCUUCCAGUCACCCAAUGGGAACCAUUCCGGUGAACGGGGGUGUCACCUCGCUUCCAAUCUUGCGGGAGACGGUCAACACCGUCUCAGAAGAAUGUCCCACACGCCUGGGACUAACGGCCGAGGAGAUUGAGAGCAAAGCCCCAAGUCUAGAUGACUUUUUCGAGACUAUCGCCGCAGAGCGGCUUCGGCGCAUGCCUCCAGAUGGCAGUCGUUUGGAUGGUGUUCUCAGACGAGCUUCACGCCUUGCCGUUGCUGUUGGUUCGUUGCGCGAUUCGGUUUCAAGUUACAUGGACGGCGCGGACGAGGCCACUGCGCUGGUUUGGGGAACAACACUGCUACUGCUCGAGAUGGGCAUUGACCAAAUUGACAUAAUUGAAAGCCUAUUCGGUCGCUAUGGACGUAUCACCAUGGGCAUCUCGCUACUACUUCAGCAAGAAACCUACUUCCCGACAUCUCGACCUUUGCAGCAACAGGUUGCCGAGAUAUACGCGCAUAUUCUGCAACUUGUCGUUCAUGUGGCCUGGGAAUAUCGUCAAGGGGCGAAGACCCAGCAUCGGCAGUCGAUGAAUGCUGCCAUUGAUAUGGCUUUUUUCCGCUACUUCAACCGCUUUGCCACUCACUGGCGUCGUGUUUCUGAGCUCGUGCUGCAAACCGGGAUUGCGAAGCACCAGACGUCAGUUGAUUUGUCGGUAGUCUACCAGUUUCUUGAGCUACAAGACCGCCCAUUGCAGGUGCUGCUUGAGGGCCACAGCCAUUCCCUGGCAGACGGUUCCUUUUCCUGGUUCGAGCCGCAUCUGACCACCUUUGCUAUGAGCCGCCGGAGUCUUAUGAUGAUCCGAGGCAAUCCCGGCUCCGGUAAGAGCGCGCUCGCUCAGUGGACUGUAGAGCGACUUCAAGCCUCGUCGGAGUAUGACAUAUGGAAUGUCGUCCCGAUCAUCAUCAGAUCGGACGUCCCAAUCACGACCCUCACGCUCAGCAUCCUCAAAGGAAUAUUGAUUCAGAUACUUGACCAUUCAGUGGCCAGCCGCAAGACCCAAGAUGCCAUUCUGACCGCUGUAACCGGCGCUAUCGAGUUGGCCGUAGCGGGCGCGUCUGAUCCUCAAGUAGAGGGACAGCUUUGGACUGCCAUUCGCGCUGCUGUACAGUCUAACUUGCACUUCAUGUUGGUGGUGGACGGAUUCGACCAAAUGAAGCACGCCGAGACGACAGUCAGCGCGUUCCUGGGUCUGUUGCAAGACACGGUGGCCGACACCCCUUCUAAGUUGAUUAUCUUUAGCCGGCCAAUGUCCAAAGAACUACUACCUAUUCGCGAGACCACGAAUACACACCAGAUCGCCAUGAAUGCUGCCACAACCCAGCACGACAUGCAAGUGGCUGUUAACGAUAUGAUGAUGACCGAAUCCUCAUUCUCAGGGCUUGAGUCCUCUCAACGAGAGUCAUUGGGAGCGGCCAUCGUGUCCCGCUCCCAAGGCUGUUUCAUCUGGGCACAAUUAGCCGUAGAAGCGGUGCAGCAGCGAACAACCGUCAGUGAAAUGACAUCAGCUGUUGCAAAGAUGCCCAACACACUGGGGGACUUGAUUGACCACCAUCUGCGCACUACAAAUAUCAGACGCGAAGAUGCAAAGAACCUUUUAGGAUGGCUAGCUGCUAGCGAGCGCCCUCUGCGCAUCCCAGAGGUGGAACAACUUAUGGCAGUUGAUAGCAAGACACUCAAAGUGGUAUCCCGGUCUUUUAGCCUUGAGCGCGACCUUUUCCAGCCUCUUAGGCGUCUUGUUGCUGUUCGCGAUGGCUUCGUUUCUUUCCGUCACCCGAUGAUCCGAGAGCAUUUGCAAGCGCGAGCUCAGAUGCGUCAAGAACUGCCAUUCUCGUUGGCGGAUGCUCAUUUUGAUCUUUUGAUCCGAUGCUUGGCUUGGGUUCGCCGUACGGUGACCGACGAGGUUUCUCUUGCGUGGGACAAAAUGAGCGUUUUCGUGCGCGACCGCUAUCUGGAUGCUUAUGUCUUGCUUGAGUACACCGCACGCUACUGGCUCUCACACAUGCUGGCCUCACCGAUGGCAUCAUCCGAUCGCGAGCUUUCUUUCCCCGAGACUUUCCGUCGUGCUCUACCUGACACUGUGCUCUUUUCACAGCUGGAGCUGACCAAUCGCGAGUCACAGUUCAGUCGCUCAAGCAUUGUGGAGUUGUACCGGUUAUCUGUCGGCGUCCGCCGUGUCGUGCUGGGUAAUGAGUCUCCUGCGCUCUUACAGAGUCUGAUUCUUAGCGCUCGUGCUGCAGAGCAAACCCAUGCGAGCUGGGCCAAUGAUCACCUGUAUGAGGCAUGGAUGCGCAGCCGUUCGCAGCUGGGACCUUCCAACACGAUUACACGAGACCUCGAACAAAUGCUUAUUGCCAAUGGUCAAGCGGACCGCACGACAGGCAUGAAGACCGAGGCCCUAAAGGAUAUGGCACUGUCGGGAUGGGAUUCAUCCGAUAUCAGCUUUGCGCAAAGACUCCAAUACCUUGAUAAAUUGGUGACAUCAUAUAAUGCUAACAACCAGCAUGAUGCCGCAUACUCAGCUUCUAAGCAAUUCUACCGUCAGACGGUUCAAACAUACGGUAACCACUCUCCUGAGACCCUGGCGGCAGCUGAGUACCUCACAAAACACUUCGACAUCGCGCCUCCGGAUGAGAUGGCGCUUGAGCUUGCGCGAACCAAAUAUGAGAUGAUGCUUCAUUCGAUGGAUGCCACCGACCCUCGACGAGUAGCAUAUUCGCUCUAUCUAGCGCAGCUGUAUGAAGAGAAUAACCAGGUCGGUAAAGCUGACACGGUGCUAUCUCGACUUUGGGCAGGUCUUUCGGCUCGUGGCCCGGACUCCACCGAUUCUUGGGAUCAGAAAACAAGGGUUGCCUUUUACUACUCCCAGUUUUUACGUCGUCAGCGUCGUCCCGACCAAGCCACGGGUAUUCUUCGCGAUCUAUCGGCGGAUCUCGAGGCUGGGGGUGGUGUCAACUCACCUCAGAUGGUUAAACGCGCCGAGGAACUUCGCGGCGAGGCUCGCCAGAUGAAUCUGAAAGAUAUGGACCGAGCCCUCGCCCUGCAGAUGUGGAAGUAUUACAGGUCUUCCGGACAGCAGUACACUCCUCAAGCUGUUUCCUUGGCAGAGUCCCUGACUGAAGGUAUCAUACCGACAAAGGGUACUGCGGACUCCCUCGGUUCCCGCUUGUCGACACUUUCCCCAGAGGAUAAUGAGUUGCUACCUGGCUGGAUCGAUACCGUUGCUUCUGCUCGCAGCGAACGCGAUUUGAUGUCAAUCCUCAAUCUAUCUCACCAGCUGGCAAGUCAGCGGAUGGCAGCCGAGAAAUGGCGUGAAGGUAGUGAAUGUGCCUGGGCGGUGCUGAAGCACGUCUGGCCCACUGUCGAGGAUCCGCAGUCCAAAGCGAGGUUCCCGUCAGAGCAGGCGCCGUUGAUAGCCAGCCUUGCUCUUGAUCACGCCUAUUGCCUGUUCCGUCGCUUGGAUGUGGCAAUGGCUACCAUCGUAUAUGGUAAUGCUUUCAAGGCGUCCAUCACCGCGGAUCAAGUGGCCGUACCAUCUGUCACAACUGUUGUCAAAACCGUGGUAGAGUUUUACGAGACCACUUUCCAGUUUGACAAAGCUAUGAUGUUGCUGCAUCAGGUUAGCGACUUCUUUGCAUCGAGGCUGGGCAGCAACGAUAAGCAUACUCUUGACAGUCGCUACUACGAAGCAGAUCUAGCGCUUCGACUUGACCGUCGCUCUGAGGCAGAAGAAAGCUACAGUCAGAUCUAUAUAGCCUGUAUUCCCGAUGGCAGGGUUACAUCGUCUGGCGUUCGCGCUGCUGUAGCUUUGGUCACCUUGUACGAGCAAGACAAGAAGUGGGAACAUGCUCUUGAUGUAUACCGGCACCUGUGGCCUACACUCGUACACUUUGACGAGAGAGAUGGAUAUGACCGGGCUCUUUUGGAGGGUCUGCUUCCAAAGACAUACAGCGGCUACAUGUCCAUUCUGGAGAACAUGUCCUCUACCGAGGCCGGAUAUAAUGAGCGAUACCAGGUCGCAUCGCAGCAUCACCAGCUCUGCAGGAAGCUGUACGGGCCCACAAGUCAUCGUACUCGUGAUGCGACCAUGACACUUGCAGGAAUCUGCGCUGCUAAUAAUCAGCAUAGAAGCGAAGCACUUCAGUUGUACGAACAAGCUCUUAAGACAGAUGACUGGGUACCUUCUGCUGAAGCCUCACGCUCGCUUCCUGACAUGACGCAGCCACUGCCCAUGGAUAUCAAACAUCGUAUGGCUCAGUUGUUCAUGCUGCAGAAGGAUACAUCCCCGCAAGCUCGGGCUUUCUAUACCGAAGAGCUUGCGUUGUCCAAGCAGCAGCAAGGGUUAUCCGCCCCGACCACGCACUUGUGGCUUCGUGAGAUAGCAAGGCUGUACGCGCUUCAAGAUAAUCCGGAGUCGCGUCGCCAGGGAGCCGAAAUACUGCAUGAGCAUGUUGAUGAGGUCGUACAUGUCACAGCUAAUCAUGAUGCGCUGGUCGAACGCGCUCAUGGUCUCGCCGAGAUCUACCUCGAAUGCGGAUAUAUCGAUGAAGGCUGGGCGCUCAUCAACGAGCUGCAUCAGCAGGUCAUACACGAUACUCCGGCUUCUCAUCGUCAGAAUCUGGCUGAGUACCGACCUGCAGCAUUCGUUGCCGCUUUCGAAGAAGUAUUUGGCCGAACACGUUCAUCACGUCAAAUCUUGGACGACUUGUCUCGUGAAGGACAGGUCUAUAAUGUCUUCCAACAGCAUCUGUCCGGACAUGAUCUCAUGCCCACAUUGGCAGCAGGCGACAAGCUGCAUAAGCUGCAAACUGAGCAGAAGCGCAUCGCUGCGGCCCAAGAUACCCAGGACAAACUGUAUGAGUUCUUCUGCAACACACUUUCGGUGGCGCAGCCGCUACGAAAGAAGGAUAUUGUGCACCAGUUCUACAUCAUGUGCCGUCGCGAGUCGCAGCAUGAAGACUACAACAUCAAUAUUGUAACUCAGACCACGGGGCUCGUGCGAGACUUGUGCAACCGCUCGCGCUUCCAGGAUGCGGCUGAUGUGACCGGUGUGUUCCACUCAUUUGUCCACUUGACAGACGGACUGCGUCUGUCGGAGAGCAUCUUUACCGCUAUCAAGCUCUGUUUGUUCCUCAGCGGUUACCAGGUGAACAAGUGCACCGACGGGGCAAUUGCAAAGAAUAUGUCGUUCGAGUCGCAAAUGCUCCUCCAGGAGAUCAUGGCGAACGCGCGAGACCUCCCAAUGGAGUAUUCUGAGCUACCAUUCGCGGAGCUGAAUGACCUGGUGACUGUAUUGGGUGAGCAUGAAAUGUUCGAAGAUUUGGAGUCUAUCCUCACCGAUCUUUGGACCUCGCGAAUUGUCCAGAAAACCUGGUCUCUACCUGCUGUGGUAUGGAUCGGCCGUCGGCUGGUGGAGACUCGAUUCUGCCGCGGGCAAGCCACUGCAGCCACUACGCUAGGCAAGGACAUCUGUUACAACCUGCGCCAGGUCUGGGGUAAUGCCGACCCGGUGACUCUGGAGAUGAAUAAGCUCCUGUCCGGGCUGUACACCGCCUCGGGCAACCACCUUGCUGCUGCGGCGCUGCACGAGACCGCGCUGGCUGAGCUCUUGAACAGCGAGACCAGCGACCACAAUGCGGCCGUGAACGCAGUGACCCAGCACCUGGAGCUGCUGCAACGCGCCCAGGGACGCUUGGUGAGGGAGGGACAGAGUGCCGCGAUUGACGCCACGGCCGCCCAGGAACGGGUGCAGGACAUCGCCACCAAGUUCGGGCUCUCCCCCACCAAGCUGGAGGCCGGCAGCAAGUCCGACGAGUCGAUGGGCAUGUGGCAGCGGCCGCGUCGGUUCAGCCUGGACGUGGAGGAGUUGGAGACCCAUCAGAACCACCUCCGCCAGUCGAGCGGGUCGGCGCUGCUGACGGGCAACGGAGGGGCCAAGCGUCUCUCAAUCACCGCGCUGUAA